UAACUAUUCAAGUGCAAUAGCAACCGCGAAGUUUUGGUAGUUCACUAAACGUUUAAAACGAUAAUAGGAGCAGUUACACUAUAUAAAUAUCAGGCGUUUUCUUUAUAUUGAGUAGAAGAGCGACAAUAUCUGUAUCGUCUUUCACUGUACUGGUGCGUUUGUAGUUUGCUAAUAAACGCCCAGCUGCACUAACAUUGAAAAUAUGGACAGGAGUGUAGGCCAGUGAUAAGCUUACAAUAACAGCUAAAGGUUUCAGCCACUAAAGCUCGUAAUGUUUGUAUGUAUGAACUAUUUUCUAUUACGAUAUGGAAUCUAAAGAAUACAAGAAAAAUAAAGCUUCAGAUGACUUUGAUAAUGUUACUAGAACUCUUAAUACGCAAAAAUUUACUACACCGAAUGCCUUACCCCAAACUCAACCUAAGAAGAUCGGCACGAUACUUCCUUCCUCUCAAUCGUUACCAAGAAAGAAACUCGUAGUCCCCAUCACAGUAGGGGCGGAAAAUAAGAUCCGAAGAUUCACACCUACCAUUCCUACCACACGCAUAAAAGGAUGCGUGACUAUAGAUUCACCAGUUUCUGAAGUUAACAAUUCCAAAAGAACUAUAAAAGAAAAUAUAAAAUUAAAAGGUAUAAAAAAAGAGCCUCUGAAAGAAAGUGUUGGUCUUUUUUCCGCUACUGACGUUUGGAAUUCAAAAGAAAGGGCUUGUAGUUCCACUGGUAAAUCGUAUAGUUUGGAUCGGAAGGUGGUGUCCUCUCUAUCCGCUUUACCUCUGCAAAACAGAAUAACCAAAGAAGGCGUUGAACAAGAUGGAGCAGACACAGGUUUCGCAGAUUUCAACUCUUCUAAUAGCAAAGAAAUCCCCAUAACACUACCCUUUAACUCCCGCAGUAGAAUGUAUAAAGUAGCUUCGAAAAAAAAGGAAAAGAUUGAGUUGAUUAAUGCGAAAAUAGAGAUUGAAAACAAAGUUAGCGAAAACAAGGAGGACUACGAUCUACAAGAUUAUGAAGUUCAACAAACUUAUACGAGCUCUGGAGAAGACUGGAUCUCUUUUUUCACGACAGCUAAAAAUGUGUUACUUUUUUUCCAACUUCCUGCCCAACUCCCUCUAAAAGGGGCCCACCGCGCGGACAAGCCCGUUGCUCCGGACGAUGGCGGAUUGGAGGAUGGUGCCCUCGGGAAGUUGCAGGUGCACAAGUCCGGCCGACUGACCUUGUGGCUUGGGGAUAUCUCUUACGAGGUCAAGUCCGCGACGGAGUUCGGUUUUCUGGAGAAUCUUGUGGCCAUCGAUGCGACCCAUGGCCAGUGCGUCGUGAUGGGACAGGUCAGCAGGCGCUUCGUCUGCUCUCCUCGUGUGUAGCUCACCAUCUCAGCUCUUCUGAUAAAACUUCUGGGAAAA